UGAUUGGCGCAGCCUGCAGUGCUUGGAAAAUCAGUUUCACGAACAACAGUGCAGAAACUCUUGCAUAUCAGCUUGCAGUUAAAGUGAACCCGCGAAAGCAUUCGUUAGCAUCGAGUGUGCCGACGAAGUCGAGGCUCCGCCGCGCGAAAUUGGAUUCCAAGCGAACCUGCCAGAGCGACUGAGCUUCCAAUGUCUCAGUCGCGGCAACGUCUUCGAAUGAGGUCAGCUUGGCGUGAUGUGCGUUGGCGAGAGCGAACACGAAAAUGAAAAUGAAAACGAAAGUUCAGCCUCUGAGUGAAAGUGCAACGGAGAUCGCCUUCGCAAUGAACACACGUGUUGAUGCAACUAACGCGGCGCUACAGUUUAACGCCAGCCGCAAAGCUAUGCGCAGGCGCAUCGGGAUGAACUUUGUGGUCGUGAUUCUCUGGCUUUGGCUCUCGGGCGGUUCAGGCAGCGCAUUGAUGGUGGUCUCAAAACAUUCGAGUUCUAAAAUUGUUGGGGGCGAAGAAGCGAAGGCCGGUGAAUUCCCUUAUCUUGUAUCCCUGCAGUGGAACUUUGGAAAUGGCUCGAAGCCGGUUCAUUUUUGCGGCGGUACAAUUGUGACAGAAUAUUGGAUUUUAACCGCAGCGCACUGCAAAGAAACUGCUUUUCUACGAGGUUGGUUGGAAGUUGUUGCUGGAGAAUAUGAUCUGCAACGUGAAGAGGGUUUCGAGCAGCGACGCAACAUAAGCGAAUUUUUAGUACAUGAAAAUCGUUUACCAGGAUUUGUAGGACCGAACGAUAUCGGUUUGAUAGGAUUAGAUCGGCCAUUGAAUCUAGUCGACGGAGUAACAACGAUCAAAUUGGAUGAUAGCCAAGAGCCCGUUCACGGAAUUGCAGUUCUUCCAGGUUGGGGAUCCGUCUCGUCCACAAUAGAAACGAGUUACCCAGAUAAGCUACAAAAGGCUACUCUACCGGUGUUUCCAUACGAUGUUUGCUUACAGUAUUUCCCGGUAUUUAAUCCACUCGAGGAGACUAAUUUUUGCGCCGGGGAACUCAGUGGAGCCGUAAAUGCUUGUCAUCGAGAUUCUGGCGGACCGUUGGUACAAAUAGUGGAUGGCAUCGAAACACAAGUGGGGAUUGUCUCCUGGGGAGCUUUCCCAUGUACCGCGUAUCGUAGCCCCACAGUAAUUACCCGAAUAAGUGCUUUCAAGGAUUGGGUUCGGAUGACAAUUGAGAACGAUUCAAUCGGUAGUUAAUUUGCUACGUAUUCCAUUUACUAUCAAUAAAUAAAAAAUAAUAAAUAAAACAAUAAUACACAUACCUCAAAACAUGUCAUCCAGCAAGUUCCGAUAAUACUGUACUUGUGCAUGUUCGCGAUUCCGGUUAUCUAACACGAAUAGUACCGGACAGUC